AUGGUCAAAGAAACAAGAUUCUAUGAAAUCCUGGGCGUCUCAGUGGAUUGCACCGAAGCCCAGCUCAAGACCGCCUACAAGAAGGGCGCUCUGAAACAUCAUCCUGACAAGAACGCCCACAACCCAGAGGCCGCCGACAAAUUCAAGGACCUGUCCAAGGCGUACGAAGUUCUCUCCGAUCCCCAAAAGCGCCAGCUGUACGACCAAUUCGGCGAAGAUGGCUUAGAACAGGGCGGAAUGGGCGGCGGCGGCAUGGCUGCAGAAGACCUGUUUGCCCAGUUCUUUAGUGGCGGCGGUCUCGGUGGCGGCUUUGGAGGUAUGUUCGGCGGCGGCAUGCGCGAACAGGGCCCCAAGAAGGCUAGGACCAUUCACCACGUGCACAAGGUCUCGCUGGAAGACAUCUACAAAGGCAAGGUCUCCAAGCUUGCCCUGCAAAAGUCUGUGAUCUGCUCGAGUUGCGAUGGACGUGGCGGUAAGGAGGGCGCAGUUCGCACAUGCCCAGGAUGCCAGGGUGCUGGUAUGAAGACCAUGAUGCGACAGAUGGGUCCUAUGAUUCAGCGUUUCCAGACUGUUUGCCCCGACUGUCAAGGCGAGGGCGAGACCAUUCGCGACAAGGAUCGUUGCAAGAAGUGCCACGGUAAGAAGACGGUAGUCGAGCGCAAGGUUCUACACGUCCAUGUUGAUCGUGGCGUCAAGACCGGCCAUAAGAUUGACUUCCGCGGUGAAGGCGAUCAGGUACCAGGAGUGUUGCCCGGUGAUGUGCAAUUCGAAAUCGAACAGAAGCCUCACGCGCGCUUUCAGAGAAAGGAUGAUGACAUCUUCUACCGAGCCGAGAUCGACCUGCUGACGGCGCUGGCGGGCGGACAGAUCUUCAUUGAGCAUCUUGAUGAUCGGUGGAUGACGGUCAAUAUCUACCCUGGCGAAGUUAUCACACCUGGAGCCAUCAAGGUUGUCAAGGGCCAGGGCAUGCCUUCGUAUCGACACCACGAUUUCGGCAACUUGUACAUCCAAUUUGAUGUCAAGUUCCCCGACAAGACUGAUAUGCGAAAUCUUGAACUGCUCGAGCAGGUUCUUCCACCACGGAUGAAGCAAUCUGCUCCACCUGGAGACGCUAUGAACGAGGACUUUGACAUUGAAGAUGUCGAUGAUCGAGGUCACGCCCGAGCGCAGGGCGCAGCAGGUUUGAACGAGGAUGACGACGAUGAUGUGCCCCCAGGAGCUGAACGUAUGCAAUGCGCAUCCCAGUAA